AUGAGCACUCGUUGUCGAUUCUGCUCGGGCUUGUCCGUGGAGGCCUUACUUAAACUUGUAAAACACGAAUUCUCAGGCCACGAGUUUCCUGCUUCAGCUUACUACCAGCACCAUAGCACGUUUUGUGAUUUAGAACAGGCGGCGCACGCUGGCUGUGAAUUGUGCUCGCUCAUAGUUGAAUGCUUCAAGGGAAUCCCAUGGACAAGGGGCGAGAGUUAUCAAUUCUCAUCCUAUAAAUGGGAAAAGGCAGAAGUAGAUAUUGAAGAUUCGGCUUAUACUGCGGCGAAGCAGGUUGCUUUGUCCGACGUAAAGCUGAGUAUUGGUACUGACCAUGUCUAUCUCGGGGAUGGUUUGGACAAAGUUCGAUCUUUUAACACUCUCCUGGUUCAAGUCGGUCCGACAGAACUCCCGGAAGAGAGCGAUGAUUAUGCAUUUCCUUUCCUCACCCUUUCGUUAAGCGACCGAGACAAUCCUGUGAAAAUUGAAGGCUUCAGAAUUGGGCGUUGCAAGGUCCACCCAAAUUUGGGCUCUCCCCAUCAGUUUAAAAUAGCAAGACGCUGGCUUCAUGAAUGUCGGGCACACCAAGCGUGUUUGGUGAACAAGGUCCCAGAGCUUCCCACCCGCGUGGUGGAUAUUGGGCCACCAAACACUACCUCUCUACCGCGAGUAUUUGUUUCUCAAGGAGCAAGAGCGGAUUAUAUUGCACUGAGCCAUUGCUGGGGUGGCAGAAUAGAGUCUGUUCUUACCACGAAGACGUAUCACGACUACCAGCAGGCGUUGCCGAUCUCUGACAUAUCUGCUAAUUUUAAGGAUACUUUUCGCAUUGCAAGGGAGCUCGGAAUCCGAUAUGUAUGGAUUGAUUCAUUAUGUAUUAUUCAGGACUCAAAAGAGGACUGGGAGGUGGAAUCCAGCAAGAUGGGAGCUGUAUAUCGCAACGCAACCUUGACUGUCUCGGCCCUUGUUUCAGCAAAAAGUACCGUAGGGAUCUUGAAGAACAAUGAAAAUAGUUUCUACGGAUCUCCGAAGAGUGCAAAACUUCAGGUUUACGACGACAGUUCAAAAAUUGAGCAGGUCGAGGUUGACUGGAAGUCGCAAGAAGAAGAAAACUUACGUCGUUUAAUGAACGACUGUGCACUCACUUCACGAGGCUGGACUUUACAGGAGUAUAUUUUGUCUCCCAGGAAUCUUCUCUACGGGAAAAGCAAAAUAUACUGGCGCUGUCCAACUAUGAUGAUAUCAGCCGAUGAUACACCAGAAGGAAAUCAGUUUCCAGAUCAAAAAUUUCGGAAAGCUUCAGAAGUCAUUUACUCCGACAUAUUGGCCGUGCCAACCAAAAUCGAAGCAGAGAUAAAAGCUGUUCUUGAAGACUAUUACGAAUUGGCAGAGACCUAUUCUGCGCGUCAACUGACCUAUGGGUCGGACAAAUUUGCGGCAUUCGCUGGUGUAGCUCAAAUGAUACACCCAUCGAUCGGUGGACAGUACCUUGCGGGCCUUUGGACAGCUGAUUUCAAGCAUGGGCUACUGUGGUAUGCAGAAAUGACCUCUUGCCGUCAUGUUGAAUCUCACGGAGCUCCGUCCUGGUCGUGGAUGGUAACCGAUGCCUCUAUUCUGUUUUCUAGAACGAGAAUCUUUGAGGCGACUCCAUUUGAUGUCAAAAUCUGUCAAUACGAUGGUAUUUCUCAAGAUGCAGUCAAACAAUUUGGUCAUAUUAAAUCAGCCUCGGUGGUCGUGGAAGGACUCACGAUGCCUUUGAUACGGAGCAAACAA